GUUGGUCUGCCUGGUCUCUUGAUUGCCAAACACAACAAACAUUCCAUUGUUAGCGGUCUGACAUGGCUGAUAAAUCUGAUGAAAACAAAAGGGAGAGAGAAUAAAAAAAUGAAUAGGUUAGAGGUCAGGGGAAUGGGAACUGGAAAGGGGAACGGGAAAGAGGAAUGGGUGUGGGAAGGUGAACGAGAGUGGGGAACAGGGGCAAGCGAGAGUGCCAGGAAGCAAGAAAACUCUGUUGUCGAGCCAGUGCGUCUGGCGAGGUGGAGGGGGAUAGUGUAGUAUUGACGCGUUAGCUGCUGGUGACUUGAGUCCACCACCACCGCCACCACAGCACGCAUUGAACCCUCGUCAGGCACCAUAAACCUAAUUAAAUUAGGAUGCGUAUUAAGGGCCUACAUUCUCAAGUAUGUCACAAUUACUGGCGAUGCUAAAAUGGAGGUUUAUAAUACAAGGGUACGUCCAGCCUUGACAUGAGGGGUAGUGACCGACCACAGAAACCAGUCCCAAGUAAAUUAUGAUACUGGUGCGACUGUUUCUGUGGAGGAUGCACGUAGUAAAUAGUCAGAGAGGCGUAAGGUUCAACGUUGUGAGAGUAGUGGCACGCUGCUAGAUGUGCCACUGUGUCCAUGUGCCACCAGAAGCAACUGGCGGGUUACACCAGGAAGCCACCAGAGCAACAGCAGUGGCGGCGGCGACGGCAAGAGCGGCAAGAUGGAGUAUAUCCAGAUCGUGCAGCGACCAGCUUACUCACAGCGGCCGUACGGUCUCCUUCGCUCACCCUACACAGACCACCCGGGGUGUUCUGUGCUCUGCAAUCACCCUACAUGCCCCGCACACCCACGCAAUCUUCUCAACCUCACCCGGGCCUCAUGGCUGCAGGAGGCUCGUGCCCACAUGACACGGGCAGGCACGACGCAACUGGAAGGUGACGGCGACACGGGUGAGCGACGAACACCCUCCAGCAUGCCCUUCACACCUCUUGGAACAGAAGGACUCCAGGUAAAUAUUCCUGAGGAGUUCCUUGCCAGAUUCGCCCGUUCAGACUCUCGACCAGACUCCCCAGCCCCGACCCUCUUCGUGCACACCUCCCGCCUGGCACCCUUCAGGAGGUGUGUUACCCCGGACACCUUGGAACCCAUGCGACGCCCACGACACGAGGUGCUGAGACGCGCUACCAGCCUCCAGGAUGUUGCUACCACCCGCACCCACCACACCUUCACUCCCGCGCCCCCCGCAGGUCGGGGAGCGGACAGACGGAAGCAAGGAAGAUUUGAAGCUGAUUUUACCACGAAACUCUCGAAGCAGUUGGACCUUGUGGCUAAGGGACAACAGCAGCAGCAACAACAGCAGCAGCAAACUCAACGGGAACAACAGAGACAACAGCAAGACAAGAAACCAAGUGUGAGAGGACCCAAACCCAAGCUCAAAGCUCAGGAAAGCGAGGACUCAGGUCUGGGCGGAGAUAAGCAGCAGCCAGCCAAACGUCGCCCACGUCGGGGAGGCAAGAAGAAAGGAGACGAAGGAGGACUGGAUGACCCAGGCCAGACUGCGGUGUCAACGGUUGGUGACAGCCGUGUGGGAUCUUCGCGAAGAUCAGGCAGCUCCUACUCUUCCAAGCCUACAUCAGCACGGUCCUCCAAGUCGUCUUUGUCUCAUCGCAGGCUUCAUGAUCCUCUCUCCUAUGAUCCCAAGCAAUUUCUGGGAGCCAGUAAUCCUCCCGAAGACGGGUCAGAGCUGGUGCGACUACAAGAGACGCUGGGCGGCGGGGCGGCACUCACUGAUGCAGAAGUGUUUUGGUUCAAUCUUCCCCGCAGUCCUUCGCAUCGCGCUGCCGUAUUUACACUUCCAGUUCAGAUCACACGACUCCUGGGUAUGACCCCCAUUGACUACCUGAAGCAGUACAUGAAACUGAGAACUUCGCGGCGCCAGCUCUACUCUAUGAUUUUCACCAGACACCGCGACCUCGAGAGCAUCCGGGUGGAGAGGUUGCUGGUUAGCGACUUCGGGGCAGCGCUAGGAGACGCUCUGGGAGGAACACUGACGGAGGCGCAGCUGGGUAGGCUGGCGGGGCUCACUCCGCUCCCGGACCUCGCCAUGGACAGAGAAUUCUUCGUCCUCGUCUCUGCCUUCGCUGAGAGACUCUUCUGCUACGAGCUGCUGGCGGCUCCAGACGUGGAAAUUGAGCCGCGGGACCUGGUGGAGCAAUUGGACUUCAAGCAGCUGGAUGAGCGCUUGGAGGGAGUCGAACUGGAUCCUCGUCUUCACCUCGUCCUUACAACCAUCAGGGACCUGGGCUAGCGUUCUUGCCUAACACACCUUUCUGGAGACGUGAGAAGCACACAAACAUGCUGUGUCACCAAAGCACAAUAUGCAAUGUUCAUACUGCCACAAGAUGUAUACCAUACAGUACAGGCUCAUACAAGAGUUUCUCAUCCAAGUUUCUCUCUCUCUCACUCUCUCUCUCUCUCAAUUAAGUUUCCAUAUGGGAAACGAAUCUUCAGUAUAUAAAGCAGGACCAAGGCUGCAACAGACACCAUCUUUAAUGGAUCAUCAUCAGAAUCUACAAUAUAUUACAAUAAAAUUAAGGCAUGAUUUAAAAGAUAAACAUUUAAAAUUCUGUCUAAAUCUUGAACUGAGUAAUUCAGUUAAGCAAUUUAGUGUAAAUGUUUUACAACAGACUUAAAUUAAAAUAUCUUUGCAUACAAGAAACUUAUUAUAAAGAAGAUUAUGCUAAAAAAUUUUGAACCACACUGAAUAAAUUAGAUAGAAAAACUUAAACGGGAAUGUUACACAAACAGUAUAAAAGGCAACAAUAUAAGUUAAAUUCUAGUUAUAAUUUAAAUGCGAAAUAAAUACCAAAUUAUAGUAACAUAUAAUAUAAUAUAGUACAGAGUAACAGUAGAAGUAUAUAUUGAGUCGAGUUAUAUUGGCAUAGCUUACACCUGAGCUGAACACAUUGUAAAUGAGGCUACCUAAAAUAUAUGAUUUCAGAACUUAAUUAAAUCUUUUAAACUAAUCAGAGAGUACUGUUAUUUAA